AUGGCGUCCAAGAUUCAAUCUCAAUUUGAAGAUUUCUUGCCCAUCAUGGCUGAUAAAUUAGGUGGGGAUGGCCUAAUCAGUGAACUAUGUAAUGGGUUUCAACUAUUAAUGGACGGUGAUAAAGGGGUCAUCACCUUCGAUAGUCUCAAGAAAAACUCUGCCUUGUUGGGUUUGCAGGAUUUGAACGAUGAUGAUCUUCGGAGUAUGCUAAAAGAGGGUGAUUUUGAUGGUGAUGGGGCUCUCAAUCAGAUGGAAUUUUGUGUUCUCAUGUUUAGAUUGAGUCCUGAUCUAAUGGAACAAUCGCCGUUCUUGUUAGAAGAAGCUCUUCAACAGGAAUUGAGAGAUUUUCAUUAUUGA